AUGCGAAGAGCCGACUUGAGCUUGGUACUUCAGGAGUUUUUUAGAAACGGGAAGAUCCCUCGGGGAGGAAAUUCCUCCUUCAUCGUCUUGAUCCCUAAAACUAAUGAUGCUACCUCGCUCAAUGACUUCAGACCAAUCUCACUGAUCAGUAGCCUCUACAAGAUCGUCGCCAAGAUCCUCGCGGGAAGGAUUAGCGAAGUUAUAGCCUCGAUCAUCUCCGAGAGUCAGAGUGCUUUUGUCAGAGACAGAUUUAUCUUAGAUGGAGUCGUGAUCCUCAACGAGGUUAUCUCUGAAGCCAAGAAGACAGGAGAAGGCAGACUCAUUUUUAAGAUCGACUUCGCCAAGGCCUUUGAUUCGGUGGAGUGGGAUUUCGUCGAUGUUAUGCUCCAACAAUUCAACUUCGCUCCCACUUGGAGGAAAUGGAUCAGGGGCUGUCUCAGUUCGGCCUCUGCUAAUGUCUUAGUGAAUGGAUCUCCGUCCGGGGAGUUUGAUUUGGAAAGAGGGCUCCGACAGGGUGACCCUUUGUCCCCAUUCCUGUUCUUAAUUGUGGCUGAGGGACUCCACGCCUUGAUUGAAGGAGCGACAGUUAGAGGACUGAUCCAGCCGGCCGAGUUCAUGUCGGGCCUUGCGGUAAACUUCAACAAGUCCAGCUUGAUGGGGGUCGGUGUUGAGGAAGCUCAACUGGAGAGAUUGGCGCUGGACCUUAACUGUAAGGUGGGGAGUUUUCCUUUCAAAUAUCUUGGUAUUAAAGUCGGGGGAAGGCUGAAAAGUGUGGUUGACUGGAGCUACAUCGUGGAGAAAGUUAGGAAGAAGAUUGACGGAUGGAAGAACCGAAAACUGUCCUUGGCAGGUCGUGUGACGCUGGUUAAAGCGUGGGUGUGGAGGUAUCUUGCAGGGAGUGAGACGUUGUGGGCUAGGGUGAUGAGAUCUAUUUACGGAGAGAUUCAGUGGGGGGCUGAUGGGCUGUCUUUGAAGGGGGGAGGGAGGUCGAGGGGCGGUUGGUGGCCGAUGGUGGUUUCAAAAGGGAGGGAGAGCUGGUUCCUGGACAACAUCGAGAGGAGGGUUGGAGAUGGAUCAAAUACAAAAUUCUGGACCGACAAGUGGGCUGGGAAAACCCCUCUUAAAUUUGUUUUUCCUAGGCUCUUUUACUUGUGUGAGGACAAGGAGGCAUCGAUCAAAGAAGCUGGGAAGUGGGUGAAUGGUGAGUGGGUUUGGGAGGUUAAGUGGAGACGCGAUCUCUUCGAUCGCGAGUCCGUGGCUGUUAACAAUCUUUUUGCUGCUAUCGCCGACGUUAAAAUUUGUGCAGGUGGCGGAGUGGACAGAUGGACUUGGAGAGCAGCAAAGGAAGGCGCCUUCACAACGAGAACCGCUUACUUACUGAUCAAGAACGCCAGGUCAGUUGAUGGUCCCACAAUCGCCAACAAAGAUCUACUGGCAAAUGUUUGGAGCCCCCCAGCUGCUUUCAAGACAAAGGUGUUCAGUUGGAGAGCUCUGAGGAGGAGGCUUCCAACCUGCGCCAAUUUGAUAAAAAAGAACGUGCCUUUGGAAAUUGUUGAGACGUCAUGCAAUGCCUGUUUUCACCCCUCCGAAACCGAAGAUCACGUCUUACUCCAAUGCCCGAAAGCGCAGGCAGUGUGGGAUAGAAUUCAGAAUUGGCUUGGAUGUCAGUCGGCGCGCCAUCACGACAUCACGGUGCACUUCAAUUCUUUUUCUUUUCUUGGGAAAGGCAAGAAGAUUCGUAACCUUCUAAAAGCUCUCUGGAUGUGCACUUGCUGGUCGAUCUGGAAGCAAAGAAAUUCUAGCCGUUUCGAAGGUAAGGUUCAGUCUGUUGAUAGCUUGGUGUCGGAGGUCAAAGCCCGUUGCUGGACUUGGUUCUGUGUUUUUAAGAUAGUUGGGUUUGUCUGUAACUUUGAAGAAUGGUGUUCUCCGGGUUUACUUGCUAAACUCAUGUAG